AUGAUCUCUAAAGUUGGCUUCUUGACGGAGGGAAUCGAAGUUAAUACGUUGAAUAAGUACGUUGUUACUGAUUCAGAUAUGGAAAGUCUCCGCGAAUCGCUAUAUGAGACACCAAAUGUCCUUGAAGAAAGUUGUUCAAGCGAUUAUGAAGACGAAAAAAUUUUUAAGGAUGAUAUCGUUCUAUAUUGCACAGUUUACGAUUUCCAGAUGGAGUCAUCCUAUCUAGAGUUUCACGUGUACUCCAAAGAUUCAGAGCUGUUUCUUCACCACGACGUUGGUGUCUUCGCGGACAUUUACGAUGCGUGCAAUUUCAGAUAUAACAGUGAAGACUACGUAGCCUUAGCACUAGGCUCGAAUAAGAUUGAGGUGUACUCCUUCAUGGUCAGGAAUCCCUUGCAGCCGGUAUUCUCUCUAAACAAGCACACAUCAACAGUUUCUGGGAUCACAUGCAGCGGUAAUAGCAUUUUCUCGUGUGGUUAUGACCAAUAUCUCAACAAAUGGGACAUUGAAACUCAGAAAAUAGAAGCAGAAAUGCAUUUUAAUGUACGUUUAGAUUCAGUUGAAAACCAUACGUCAGAUUUAUCGAUCAUUUCAUCGUCGAAUGGAUUCAUUUUAGAUCACAAUUUGAACAUCACUGCUGAGAUUGAUGCCGAAAAUCUUACCGGAAUCAAAAUAAUUGGAAACAAAAUCCUAUUAGCGGACAGCACAGGUACUAUCAUGGAGAGGGAUAGACGGAACAUUUGCAAAAAUGUCAACGCGAAGAAAGUGCAUGCUCUAGGUAUCAAUGAUUUUGACAUAAAAGAUGAUAGAAUUUUAACAGCUUCCGAUGACGAAACGAUAUGCGUGUUGGAUAACAAUUUUGAUGUGGUAAAAAGCAUUAAGACAAAGAAUAAGGUGUUUGCACUCCAUAUUUAUCCUAAUAGCAGGCAGAAUCUGCUAUUCGCGUAUGGCGGUCUCGACGAAAUCGUAAAUGUGCGCGAACUCUGAUUAUUAAAUGAUGAGUGG